UUUUGGUAGUGGCAACACUGUUUUAUAGACCAAUUUUAAACAUAUAUUUUAAAUGUUUAAAACAAAAUAUCUAGUAAUAUUGAAACGGGCGAGAAACGGAUAAUACGCUUAAUAUAAGCACUUUUACUUUAUAACUGUUUAUAAUAAAUAUAAUACUAUGUCUGAAGAAUUUAUUAUAAAACGAAGACUUUUGUUUGACGGUGAAGGUACAGGUGACGAUAAAAAAAUAAACAAUUUGUUAAAGUUACUCAUAUCGUGGUUAUUAGAAUCUGAUACAAACACUAAAUCAGAUAUCACAUAUGACGCGUUGAUGGCCCAACUGCAUUCACUUAUUUUUAAUAGAAAAAAAUCAUUACUGUCCAGUGCCAGUACGAAUAAACAAAGACAACUCAUGAAGAAUUUGUACAACAUAUAUAAAGAGAGAAUAGAAUUAAUUAGGAAAGAUAUUGUAAAGCAGGACGGUUUGUUGGAGAAUGCCAAAAUUACUAAUCGUAUGUAUAUUACGUACAAUCUAAUAUGUCAAACCAUUGCUAAAGAGUUGCCCAGAAGAAAACUUCAAUCUAAAAUUGAUAUUCUUAAAAGAGAAAUAUCUGAAUUAGAAAUCAGAAAACAUGUACUAGGUAACACCUUUAACUGCAAAGUAAAGCAAUGUCGUGUACUUUCAACUUCAGCUAAUAAUAUAUAUAAAGAAUUAGGAAGUGAAGUAAACGAUUCUGAUUAAAAACCAGUAUUAUAUUUAUUACCUAUUUAGUUUUAUAUCAAUAUUAUUUUCGUUUGUAGUUGAAGAGCAUUCAAUAAAAGUCCACUUAAACCAAUAAUUGUUUUUAUUUACUGUUAUCAUAUUCCUUAUAGUAAAAAAUGUACUUUAUAAAAUAUUUUGGUACCUUACAUAAAGGCAGUAUGUCAGAUGCAUUAAAAAGCACAGCAUCCUCUGAAGUAAAAAAAAGAAUUUCUGCCACUAUCAAUUCAUAAUUUCCAUAAUAUAUUAAUAUAAAAACUUUUACACAUCACAUAUUAAAAACAAUGUUUCUUUAGCAAAAUAUCAUUUAAUUGUUUUACAAUAUACUGAAAGAUUUAGUUUUUAAAAAACAAUUGUUUUAGACAUAGCUUUUACAUUAUUUCUUAAUGUUGAUGAUUUAAUUUUGCUAAAGAAUUACUCAUAACUAAUUAUAAAUGGCAUACUAACACAAAUACAAUAUACAAAGGCAAAAAGAAUUACAUUACAUUUUAAAGCACUGGUUAACAGUUUAAAAAUAACGAUAUUUUGUACUACUGUAUAAAAAAUAUAGUGAGUGCAAAAACAACAAAUGUGUUUUUACAAUAAUACAAAAUAUUUUAUCCUACCUAAAAAUAUUUUUUUACAAUAAAAUAUGUACAACAGUUCUAACUCAUAUAAAUAAACUUAAAAUAUACAGGUUUUGAUAUUGUGCAAAUAAAUAAAGAUUUAAUAGCUGCAUUCCCAUGUAAAAUAGGAGAAAUAUUUUAAAACAUUAUUUACAUUAAAGGAACAUUUGACUUAAUUUAGAAACUUUUAAUUUGAAAGAAUAAUCAGUUAAAAUAUGAUAUGUUUAUAAAUAUAAUUAAAUAGACUAUGUAAUAGGACCUGCUCAAUUAAUUUUGUUGCCUACCGUCCAUCUAUAUUUCUCGUGAAAUAAAUAUUAACAUCCUAAGUUAAAUGUAACUAUAUUUUAUUAGUUCUUGUAAAGGAGUUUUUUUAUUUGACAUGAACAACAGAUAAAAAUAAAAAUAAAUAUUGUUAAAUAAAAAAUAAUUUUAUGACCUUUUAAAAUUAAUGUCCAGUCUAAUUAAAUAUAUUCACAAACAUAUUUUUGUUAUUAAAUCCGGCAAGAAGAAAUUGUAGCCCGAUAUAUAAAUAAAUAUUCCAUUUUUAUGUAGUAUUGACACAUGACAUAAAUAAUUUAGGCCAAAUACACGUGACUUUAAAGAUAAACAAUUUUAGAUAAUGUAUAAUUAAAAACAUAUAAGAAAUGUAUAUCAUUCUAUGUGCUAUAAGUUCAGAGACAAAAAUACUGUUUUAUAUAAUGUCAAUAUUUUGGCAAUUCUCUGUAUUUUGCCUUACUUAUUAGUUAUAAAAUUAUAUCUAAUAAUAAGAAUUCAAUUCCCAAGGUUUUAAAUAAUUAAUAUUUCCAUAUAGUUCGUGGGGCGACAUCUAGAGAUUUCUUAAAUCAAAUACAUAAAUUUGGGUUGAUAAUUUUUUAGAAUGAUUGUCAAAUCUUUCUAUUAUUCAUUUAACUUAUACAGAUUUAAACGUAUUUUUAUUGCAAUUAAGAUUUUAACUAAAAUUGUUAUGCUCAAUCAGAAAAAAAAUAUAAAUAUCUUUCUUAAAAUUAGUUGAUAAUAAAAGAAAAUUAACUAAAACGUAACUUUCAAGGCAUUUUAGAAAUCAGAUGUCUGCAUCCACCUGUUCUAAAGUUUAUUUUUUGAGAUUUCCUAUAAUAGUAUGUAGAUAUAGAGGCGAUUGAAGCAAUAAAACUUGUCAUUUUUUUAAUAUACAGAGUCUCCCAGAAAUAAGUGCAAGUAUUUUAACUGGUAGUACAGUUCAACCCCAGAAACACGCCUAUGAGGUUUUUUUCGUGAAAAAAAAUAUUUUAAAAUUCGAAA